AUGCUGGGCUGUUCCACUAUAAGACCUGCAACACACAUCACCUCUUUCUCUUUCUUCUUCUCUAUUCUUCUGACUGCAGAACUGAAACAAACCAUCUCCAGGAGCAGAGAGAUAACUCACCUGUCAACCUUAUCAUCCUGGGUGUAUUACACAACUAAAGACCAUCAUGAGUUCCUGGAUAGAAUAACACCUCGAAACGUGAAGAUGACUGAAGAAGUUUUGAGAGAGUGCAAACAGCUAGAAGCAUGUGUCUGCAACUUGCAUGGACGGAUUGAAAUGAUUGRUCUGAAGCAGGAUGAAAUCAAGCAAACUCAAGAAGCCCUGGAGAAACACAAGAAAGAAAUUGAUGAAAACAAGAACUUUUCAUUCCCUGUUCCAGUGUCUUACAAUGAGAAAGUCCCAAUAAAAUCAUCAAUCCUAAGUUUUACUAAACAGGCUACCACAUGCAAAGACUGUCAGGAGAACUGCCACUAUCCAGGAUGCUGGUUGGCCCCAAGUCCCUCAUGGUGCAUUGUGAUGAAAAAUUGUCACUGCACUGUGUGUACUGGGAAAUGUCACCACAAUCAACACGUCAAAGAAAACAAAAUAUAUGUUAACAACACCAGGAUGGUUCAAAGGACAUAUGAGGAAUUGAAAAAUAAGUAUACUAUUGAUGAGAAGGCAGUUGGGGAGAAAGGGAAUGUGAUCACCAGACUUCAGACAGAGUUGAAGCAGUUCACUCUCCAGAAGGCCACACUGGUGGAGGAAUCCUACCAGUGCAUCAUCAAACUGGAAGAGAUCUCUUUGAAGUCCCUCUCACUGUCCACUGCUCUGCAUCUUGGUUUCCUGAUUGACAAGAUGAAGGAGACAGGAAACACAGAGAAGGUUCACAAACUGGAGGAGAUGAAGAAGAGAGCUGAGGAACAGAAGGGAGCUUUAGAUUAGUUUAUCUAACUGCACUGUGCAAUUUACAUUAGCUAUUACAGUGAAAUAAUAGCGUGCUAUUGUUUGAAGAGAGUGCACAAUUUUUAAGAUAAAAAGUUAUUAAUAAACAAAUUAGGCAUAUUUGGGCAGAAUUGAUACACAAUUUUGAGCAGUGGGGGAUAAAGGGGGAUUGAAGUAACGCAGUAAUAGUUAAUAAUAUUAUGGUAAUGUUGUUUGCUUUAAGGUAUGAUGCAUAUGUUUGUUAAGCUUAGAGCAACAAGGCCUUAGGAGAAGGUUGAUCAUGAAAGGUUAUAAUUUUCAAAUGUUUAUGUUGUUGGAGAUUUAAGAUUACAUCCCAUCAAGGCAGGCAUCCUGUGUAAACAAACAUCCUGCCUAGGUGGGGAAAGGAGCGAUUUCCACAUCAGGUGUUAACCACAGAAUUUUAUUUUUAUUUUUUAUUUAACUAUGCAAGUCAGUGAAGAACAAAUUCUUAUUUACAAUGACGCCUACCCCG